GCCGCUGGGCUCCCGGUCCCGCCCCGCAUGCCCGGCGAGAUGCUGGCCCUGCUGGCCGCCGGACUCGUGUUCUCCGUCACCGGCGGCGGCGGCGGCGUGCGGGGCCAGGAGAGCCCGGCGACCGGGCGGCGCUUCGUGUGCACCGCGCUGCCCCCCGAGGCGACGAGCGCCGGCUGCCCGCUGCCGCCCAUGCCCAUGCACGGGCCCGGCCCCACCCCCGAGGAGGAGCUGAGGGCCUCCGUGCUGCAGCUGAGGGAGACCGUCCUGCAGCAGAAGGAGACCAUCGGCCAGCAGCGCCGGGACAUCGGGGAGCUCACCGCCAAGCUGACCCGCUGCCAGAGCCUGGCCCACGGCGGGGGAAAGGCCCCCGGGCCCUGGAGGAAGGACUUCGGCAAGGACACCAUGGGAGACCCGCCCCGGGAGCCCGGGCAGCUCAUCGACCGGCUGAGCCGGACCAUGCAGACCCUCAAGGACCGGCUGGAGAACCUCGAGCACCAACUACGUGUCAAUGUAUCAUACUCAGUUCUGCCUAAUGAUUUUCGAGAGAUGCUUCAGCGGAGACUUGGGGAGCUAGAGCGCCAGCUUUUAACCAAAGUGGCUGAACUUGAGGAUGAAAAAUCUUUGCUUCACAAUGAGACCUCAGCUCAUCGACAGAAGACAGAGACAGCACUAAAUGCGCUGCUGGAAAGGGUUUCUGAGUUAGAAAGAGGUAACAGUGCAUUUAAGUCACCUGAUGAAUUCAAAGUGUCCCUUCCUCUCCGAACAAAUUAUUUAUAUGGGAAAAUCAAGAAGACUCUCCCCGAGCUCUAUGCCUUCACGGUGUGCUUGUGGCUGAAGUCCAGUGCCUCCCCUGGCAUUGGAACACCUUUCUCCUAUGCUGUUCCUGGACAGGCCAAUGAGAUUGUGCUAAUCGAAUGGGGAAACAAUCCAAUAGAAUUACUCAUUAAUGAUAAGGUCGCCCAGCUCCCUCUGUUCGUUAGUGAUGGGAAGUGGCAUCAUAUCUGCAUCACCUGGACAACUAGGGAUGGCAUGUGGGAAGCUUUUCAGGAUGGCGAGAAACUGGGCACUGGGGAAAACCUUGCUCCUUGGCACCCAAUCAAACCAGGUGGCAUUUUAAUUCUUGGUCAGGAACAGGAUACAGUGGGUGGAAGAUUCGAUGCUACUCAAGCUUUUGUUGGGGAGUUGAGCCAAUUCAAUAUAUGGGACAGGGUAUUAAGAGCUGAAGAGAUCAUGAAUAUUGCUAACUGUUCCACCAACAUGCCCGGCAACAUCAUCCCCUGGGUGGAUAACAACGUGGACGUGUUUGGAGGUGCAACCAAAUGGCCAGUGGAGACCUGUGAAGAGCGUCUGCUUGAUCUAUAGCUACGGUCCCCCUCCAUCUAAAUGUUCAGGUUGAUCAAGACAAUCUCUCUAGAGCAUGGAUGGGACUUGUUUCCCCAGAAGAAUUUAUUGUUAACUGCACAAAAUGUGUUGGGUGUAAACCAGGUUCAUAGUCAUUGGCAUGGAUGGUGAAGGUAAAAGAAAUACCUCUAAGGCCAUAGUAGAAACUUUUUCAUCUGCUUUACUGGAUUCAUUCAAAAAACAAGCGCUUCUUGGUACUGUAGUUCUUCUGGGGAAAAUUGUCUUGUGCAAGCAGUUUGGUCACGAGUGGCAAAAUGACCCAUUUCCUGGUAGUGUGCAGAGCAAACAAUUAUUAAGCACAUCAGAGGUUUUUAAGACCAAAUGUAAAUGCUAGUAAAGCUAUUUUUUUCUGACUCCUUCAUGUGGUGUGUGCAAUACUUUUAUAUCCCUUUUAAAACAAAUAUUAAAUCACUCUGCCGCAGUGACAGUAUCUUAAUGUCUAUGUGAAUCUGUGGUAUCUCCCAAUCUUUGCCAUGAAAGACCUUUAAUCUGCAUUGAGUGCUACUUAACAUUUUUUAUAUAUGUUAAUUGGCUCUGCCCUAAUAACCUAAUGAAGGCAAUUAGAAUCUGACCUGUUCUGUUUUAUUCAGAGAUUAUGGGGAAUCUGGAUUUAUCGGGGGCUUUCAGCUCCUUGAGGGCAGGGCACAUUUUAACCAACUCUGUUACACUGUACUCUCCCAAGCACUCAGUUCAGUACCCUGCACACAGUAAGUACUCAGUAAAUACCACAUUGAUCAGCAAUGUUGGGAACAACAGCCCAAGAUUCCCUGCAAGUGAAGGUGUGUAGUUCUCAGGCUUUCCCUGCUUUCCAAUCCCUCCUGACACUGUGGUCUGUUAUCCCUAAACAAUCUUUUCCAAGUGAACCAUCGUCUUGUUUUGCUUUGAAAGGCCUUUCAUGAGCAAGUGCCAACGUUCAGUUUCAUCUUACAAAAAAAUGGAUACUUUUUUCAACUGAAAAAAUGAAUCCAUCCAAAAAACCCCGAAACCUCUUGGGUUAUGAGAGUUCCCUAACUCUGAGAGGUGAACUGGUUUUAAAUCUCUGUUGAUUUCUGAAAGCAUUUGACAAUCUUGAUAAAACAUUUCAUUUUCUCCAGGACUUAUGCAGAGUCAGUUGUCAUUUGGUUAAUAUUUGGUUCACGAUUAUAGACUACCAGAGUUUAUGCUUUAUUUAAAAAAAAGUAGUGAAACAAAUUUAUAAAGCUAAAUAUUAUAUAUUUAUUUUUCAUAAAUGUUUGAAGUGUAAAUCACCAGUGAAAACUCCAUUUGUAGGAUAAAUUUAACAUAAUUCCAUCAAAAUAUGGUAUGUUAUGAGUAUUCUUCUUACAACAAAAUUUUAAUUAAAAAUGCACUGGAAAAUG